UUGCGAUAAGAGGCCAGUGGAUCACUCGGACCAAUCAGUACUGGACCUUCCGUAUGUCACUACCAUGAUUUUGAUUACGGAAUUUUAUGUUUUAUCCGUCCUGUUUGCUUGUGUUAAUGGGUUCAUCCUUGACAACAAACAUUACUCUGGAAAUGGAGAAACUCCAACGUUUUGGCGAACACAAGCAAAAUCUGCCAUCACACAAAAAGCAAGAAUGACACUGAAUAAAGGAGUUGCAAAGAAUGUGAUUUUAUUCCUCGGAGAUGGUAUGAGUAUUCCGACCAUCACCGCAGCGAGGAUUCUGAAAGGUCAACUUCAAGGUCAAACAGGAGAAGAAUCUAAACUUAGCUUCGAAGAGUUUCCUAUUUCAGGACUUUCAAAGACAUACUGCCAAGAUACCCAGGUCACUGAUUCGGCAGCUUCGGGUACAGCAUAUUUAUGUGGUGUUAAGACAAAUAUUGCCACUAUUGGUGUUGAUGGCAGCGUUACAAGGGGUGACUGUGCUAGUCAGAAAGGGGCAGAACUCACUUCCAUUUUAGACUGGUCAAUGGCAGCAGGGAAAUCUGUAGGUUUUGUGACGGUAACGCGUGUAACUGAUGCCACGCCCGCAAGUUUGUACGCGAAUGUUGCCGACCGAAGCUGGGAGGGUGAUCACUACACCAGUAGAAUAUCCGGCGGCUGCAAAGAUAUAGCGUCCCAACUGAUUGACGACUACAAAAAUGUGCAGGUGAUCAUGGGGGGAGGUCGGAGAUUUUUUAGACGUUACGACCAGCCGGACCCCGAGCACGGGUCAAACGCUCACUACGGACGCCGGGAUGGAAGGGAUCUUGUACAGGAAUGGCAGGAAGGACAACAUAUUCUAGGACGAACCUAUAAAUAUGUCUGGAAUGUUUCAGACUUUGAUAGUGUUAACCCGGCUACCACAGAUUCUAUUCUAGGUUUAUUUGAAUACUCACAUAUGCAGUACGAACUAGAAAGAAAAGAUCCAAAUCAUGAGGUGGCUGGUGAGCCAUCACUUGCAGAGAUGACAGAAAAGGCCAUCAAAAUACUCAGCAAGAACCCCAAAGGGUUCUUUCUUCUAGUAGAAGGGGGCAAUAUAGAUCAUGGACAUCAUGGAGGCAGAGCUAAAAUGGCAUUGUACGACACAUUGGCUUUUCAGGACGCUGUACAAGAAGGUGCUAGCAUGACGUCCGAAAGUGACACAUUGAUCGUCGUCACGGCUGACCAUGCGCACACCAUGACAAUAGCAGGAUAUCCGUCCCGUGGCAACAACAUUCUCUCAAAAGUUGAUAAUGGCGCUGGUGGAUUUAGCCAUGCCUCUGAUGGUCUACCGUACACGACUUUAUUGUAUGGAGAUGGUCCAGGUUUCAGUGUUAGUACACAUGGUCACCGAACAGACAUCACACAGGUUGACACAACCGACAAGCACUACCAACAACAAACGGCCGUCUAUAAAACUGUUGAGACGCAUGGAGGGGAUGACGUUGGAAUUUUCGCACGUGGACCUAUGUCGUACCUCCUCGCUGGCGUUCAUGAGCAGAAUGAAAUCGCACAUGUAAUGGCAUACGCUUCAUGUGUUGGAGAUUAUUCUAACCACAACGAAUGUGCUGCAUCGUUAAUAACUGGUUGAUUCUUGUGUACAGUAAAAAUAAUAAUAUCUGAAUCAA